AUGCGUACGUUAUUAUUGACGAAAGUACAAAGGAAGGCAAGUUUAACUUGGCAUAAAAGUUCUCCGAAUGAAUUAAAAACUUAUUUAUUUCUUUAUUCAAUAGCCGCGGUUGUUGACCCAGAUCACUCUGGUGGAAAUGAAGAACUUAUUUCUCAACGUAAAGGUUUAACUGUUUACGGUGGUGAUGAGACUAUUCCUGCAUUAAAUCAUUUAGUGAAAGAUGGUGAAGAAUUUAGUAUCGGAAACAUUACUGCAAAAGCUCUUUACACUGUUUGUCAUACUCGAGGAAGUGAUACACUUUUCAUUGGCGGUUGUGGAAGAUUCUUUGAAGGUACCGCUGAUCAAAUGUACAACUCCUUAAUUAACGUUCUUGGAAAGCUUCCAGAAGACACCAAAGUUUAUUGUGGUCAUGAAUAUACUAAAAGCAAUCUCAAAUUUGCUGAAUCUAUUGAACCUGAUAAUCAAGUUAUUAAAGAUAAAAUUCAAUGGGCUUCCAAAAAUCAACAAACUAUUCCAAGUACUAUCGGUGAUGAAUUGAAAUUUAAUCCUUUUAUGAGGGUUAAUGUGGAUAGUGUUAAGAAAGCUACUGGAAAGAAUGAUCCGAUUGAAGUUAUGGGAGCUUUGAGAGAAAUGAAAAAUAAUUUUAAAUAA